AUGGUGCAUCAGAAGGAGGUGGCGACUUUGAGCUACAUCAUGGACAUGAUCAACGUGGGGGACUUAGAGACGGCAAUGGACGUGAUUGCGCAGCGCAUCAUGGCGAUUCAGAAGGCCAAGAGUGCAGGUUCCGACUGGAAGAAGGCCGAGGCGUUGGAGCUCGUUGUGGGCAACAGCUUCGGCCUCCCAGGUGGUAUGCUUCGCCUGAACCGUAACCGCAUUAAGCUUCGUAAUCAUAGGUCCCCGAAGUCUGUCUUCCCCAUUCCUUUCAUCCAACGGCAUCAAAGCACUGUUAGUGCACCCGGCCUGCGGAUCACCGCUCUCAUGCUGGACUACUGUAACCUUUUGAUCUCUUGCUAUAACUUCCUUUACUUCGGCUCUUCGCGCGUUUCUCUGAGUGAGCCGUCAAAAGCUCAGCAGCGCGUACAUGCCCUGUUGGUCAAACGCGUUGGCCGCUAUGUCAAUGCCUCCGUGGAGCCGUUGAGUAGCGAGGACAUGAAAUCGUACCUGAAGAGUGGAGAUGGCGAGUACUCUGCCUUCUCUGCUGUGCUGCCUUUGGGUGUGGACGCUGGCGUGCCGGAGUCCGCUGGACAAGUUGAUUUGUCUGGGGCGUUGCAAGGCUUCUUUCCUGAGUUGGCAGCGCAAGUUCGAGAGCCGAGGCGUCUCCUUUUGGAACCGGGAGCACGUCCGCGGCUUCUUAAGCGCCCUUUCAUCAAGUUACAUCCUACCUACCAGCAGUUGGUAGCGCGCAUGGUCAGAGUUGGGCUGCAGAAGCUGCGAUCUGGCAAACAUGUCUGGAAACACCAUGGCAAGCCGUUGGUGUCAGGAGCCUUCGCGGUGCCGAAAGACGGUGCAGAGACGCGCCUUAUCUCGGCGCUGUGUCCGCUUAACGACCUCAUCGAUGAUGCCAACCUCUUUCGGCCGCAGUUUGCAUACAUGCCUAAGUUGAGGGCUGUUCGGACUUGUCCAGGCAAGCGGCUGGUUGUUUUCAAGCGUGAUGCACGUCGCACGCUGUAUCCGCUUCAGCUCACGGCUCCGAUGGGAUUCCGGCCUUCUGCUGGUUGGGCUCAGGCGCUGACUGACGUCGCCACCAAAACGGCUCAGCUGCCGGAUGACCGUCGAGUAAGGUUUGAUUGGCCUGUGCCUGUUGCGCUUCCGGUUUGGGGCUCCAUCCAGGAUGAUAUUUGUCAGGCUGUUGACGAAGUUGGGCCCGAAACUAGCCCAGAAACUAGCCCUGCAGGAGCUUGGGUCCGCAGCGUUGAGAGUAGUUGGGAGGACUUGGGAGUCGCCGGCAAGGCAAAGAAGAGGGGAAAUGCUGAUGAUCCUCUUUGUGAGUUGCAGGGGGCGUUCCUCCAUCAAAACGAGCAUUGGUUGGGCACCUCCUUGCAGCGCCGUUGCAGUCUUGUGUGUGCAACUUUGUACGUGCUGGGACGAGUCCGUGUUUGCGUUCAAUUUGUGGAGCGGUUGGUUGGCAAGCAUGGUUAUUGUCAAAGCUUUAACUCUUGCACGCGGAGCACCUUUCAACAAGUUUACCGGUGGAUUCAGGACCAUCGGGCUCAACGCCGUGCUUUCGGUGCCUUGGAUGCGGCUGCGUGGUCGGAGUUGCUCAUGUCGACCAUCUUGCUUGUUGAUAUGCAAACCGAGCUUGACGUGCCUUGGUGCCCUCGAGUCGAGUGUUAUGACGCUGCGCCUGGUGGCCACGGUCGCGCUUGGUCAUGCUUGUCUCUUGACGUGGUGCGUGAGAUGGCGAGGUUGUCUGAUUGCAAGUACCCACACACAUGUUUGCACAAAGAGCAUGGAGUUGAGCUUGAUUCUGAGGGCAAAUGCCCGAUGAAGAGGCUGGUGUUGCCCAAGCAUCUGCACUGGUACACGGUGCCACGCAUGGGGGGUUACAAGCAUAUCACGCUUGAGGAGGCUGAGGCCGCCACAUGGUCGUUGGAGAGUCGUUUGCAACGCCAGCAUGAGCUUGGGUCUCGAUGUUUGCAGGGCGGCGAUAAUGCCGCUCAAGUUGCAGCCUUUGGCAAGGGACGCCCGACCGCUGCGGAUGAUCAUCAGCUCGGCUGCGAGGAGGAUCUGUGCUUGCAGCUCAUGGGAUCGCUUGCACUCACUUGUGAGCCGUUCUUGGCAGCUUCGCAGGCUCUUGUCACAGCUGGGGUUGUUGUUGGCGCCUUGGCCCGGCCACCUGGUGGCACGUGGUGUCGAGCAGGGCGAAGGCGCAAACAGGAGGCUUCCCCUUCGCUGCACAACACCUCUGAAGUCUUUUGCAGUGCCGUUUGCCCUGACUUGCUGUCCCAGUACUUGGCCCAAAUGUUUGUUGCCUACGGGUCUGAUAGGUAUCAACAGGCCAUCGCUGCUUUCUCUGAGGAGUUGGCAGCGCGUGGUGUGGCCGCUGACACCUUGUCGGAGGCGCAGUUGGACAUUUUCCUUGCUGAGUACAUUCUUGAUUUGUUUGAGGGCAGUGAAGAUAGUUCCGGCAUUUCUUUCGGUGCCACGGUCAUUGCUGCGAUGCAAAAAGUCAAUCCACGGCACAAGUACACCACGGCCUGGAAAGUUCUUGAGGUUUGGAGGUUGCGCUGCCCUCCUGCCCAAGCUGCAGCUUUUCCGCCUGAGCUGGCUCUGGGCUCUGCGGUGUGGCUUGUUCUCAUGGGCCAGCCGGUUGUGGGCACUGUUAUGCUGCUCUGCUUCACAGGUCUUUUCCGUGCCAGUGAACUGCUUCAUCUGACGUUCCAAGAUUUCUGCCUUUCUUCGGCUCAGCUGGUGGUCAUCUUGGGUGUCACUAAGCGCGGUUUGGAGCAGAAGGUGUUGCUUCAACAUCCUUCUGUCCUCACUUGGUGUUUGCAAUAUCUGGCGUAUUGGAUGCGCUCUUUUCCUCACUCUCCUGCUGAUCGUGUCUUCCCGAUUUCAUUUCAGAAGCUUCAGUAUUGGCUGCGAAAGGCAACUCGUGCUCUGGGCUUCAGUGACUCUUGGUCAUCGCAUGGCCUGCGCAGGGGGGGGGCCACUGAGCUUUUCAGACUGCGCGUUCCUCUCAAUGAGAUUGCGUUGCAAGGGCGUUGGCUGUCUGAGCGCUCCAUGCACGAAUAUUUGCGCCGCGGUGAGGUCGCCCUGCUGAGGUUGCGCAGCUCUGUGCCAUUAGCUGCUUGGCAGUCGGCGCGGCGCUUUGCCAGCCUUGGGCCUCAUGUCUGGCAGGAAUUGUCAAUCUGA